AUGACCGCACCUUCAUCAUCACCUGAGAGAACCAACUCGGUCCAGUCGGGUACUGCCCGUGGCCGUCGUGGCCAACGGAAGUGUCAGAGAGACUUCGAUGUGGUUGUGUUUGGCUGCACAGGAUUCGUGGGCAAGCUCGUGCUUGAGAAGAUGCAUCGCUAUGGGAAAGCUGCUGGGUUGAGAGUUGCGGCAGCGGGUAGAGACGAGGAUAAGGUUAAACAGGUGUUGCAGCUCCUUAACUUAGAGGGUAAAGUCGGUUAUAUGAUUGCGGGAGUUUACGAUUUGGAUUCUAUCACGGCAAUGGUGAAAAAUACUCGCCUUGUCCUCAACUGUGUCGGUCCAUAUGCUCUAUUCGGUGAGCCGGUCGUGGCCGCUUGUGCUGAGGAGGGUACGGACUACAUGGACCUCUCGGGAGAGGUUCAAUUCAUAGAGAAAAUGCAAUUGAAGUAUACGGAGAAGGCCAAAGAGUCGGGAGCCGUUAUUAUGUCGGCGUGUGCUUGGGACUCGGUUCCGGAAGAUCUGGGCUUCCAGCUUGUCAGGGAGAAGAUGGUCAAGGAAGGAGUCAUACCGUACUCCGUUGAAGGUUUCGUUGAUGUUAUCCCGGGACCUCAUGGAUAUAGAGCUAACUUUGGAACAUACGAGAGUGCUGUACUCGCUAUGUCCUCUAUGACGCUCAUGGUGAAGAUUCGCAAAGCCCUGCGAUCCCAAGGGAUGGGUCCUAAGCUGUACAAGCGCGGUCCGUCACCAAUUUUACCGUGGAAGUAUCUGCCUGUGUUAUUUGACCGGAGGGUACCAGGAGUUUAUAUACCCUUCCUCGGUACAGAUCCUCAUGUUAUCAAACGUACACAGCAGAUGCUGACUCUGUCGGAUCCGCAGUAUGUGGGAGUUCGAUCUGCCUGUUAUUUCAAGUUACCUAACGGUAUUUUGCCCAAGUUGGGUUACCUUUUCUAUGGCAUUCUGGUCUUCCUAUUUUCACUUUUUGAAAUCGGACGUAAGCUGCUUCUGAAUUUCCCAGAGGCAUUCACCCAUGGUAUGUUCAGUCGUCGUGGCCCGACGGUGGAUCAAAUGGAGACCACAAAUUAUAAAAUAGAUUUGUUCGGCCGUGGUUACUCUAGUGAGAAGGCCCUAGAAGGCCACCCUAAUAAGCCUGACGUCGAGAUUAGAGCCUCCGUUACUGGUCCCGACCCGGGGUAUAACGCGACAAGCGGGAUAUUCACAACCCUUGCUAUGGUUCUACUCACUGAGAAGGACACGUUGGCAACGAAGGAAGGAGGAGUGUACACCCCGGCUGUGGUGUUUAGGGGCAGUACUGCUGCAAGAAGGCUCACAGAGGAGGGGUAUGCUGCUUUUAGUGCCAAUCUUAUUCAGUGA